AUGGCUUCGAGUGGUAUUAAAGCUGCCUCGGACCCCGUUGUUAGAACUGCAUCCCCAGCUCCUUUGGCCCAAGACUUUGCCCGUCAACAGGUGUCAAAACAACAGCGUUCUAAUUUCCAUUCCUCUUCCAUCUCUCCACUCAUAUCCUACACCAUGGUUUCCCAAAGCGUCAACAAGACCAAUCUCCACCCCUCCGGCGUCGCGCCGAACAAGGAACACACGGAGAUUGAAGAGUCCCUCCACGACAAGGCACACAUCGACUAUGACCGUGUAGCCAUUAUCGCCAACCCUUCAGUCGCCGCUCUCUACGAAGAUGCGCUUGUAUACGAGACCGGCUCAGCCAUCACAGCCUCAGGCGCUCUCUCAGCAUACUCAGGAGCCAAGACCGGCCGCUCACCCUCGGACAAGCGCAUCGUCGAGGAGGACUCGUCAAAAGACGACGUCUGGUGGGGUCCAGUAAACAAGCCGAUGAAGGCCGACGUCUGGCGUAUCAACCGUGAGCGUGCCAUCGACUACCUCAACACCAGGAACCGCAUCUACGUCGUCGAUGGCUUCGCCGGCUGGGACAAGCGCUACCGGAUUCGCGUUCGUGUCGUCUGCGCUCGUGCCUACCAUGCUCUCUUCAUGCGCAACAUGUUGAUCCGCCCUUCAAGGGAAGAGCUGGAACACUUUGAGCCUGACUACACCAUCUAUAAUGCCGGUGCUUUCCCUGCCAACAGGUACACCAGCGGUAUGACCUCGUCAACAUCCGUCGCCCUCAACUUCGCCGACAAGGAGAUGGUCAUCCUCGGUACUGAGUACGCAGGAGAAAUGAAGAAGGGCAUCUUCACUGUGCUCUACUACGAGAUGCCUGUUAAGCACAACGUCCUGACUCUUCACUCUUCCGCAAACGAGGGUAUCAAGAACGGCGAUGUUACCGUCUUCUUCGGCCUUUCCGGGACUGGCAAGACCACCUUGUCUGCCGACCCCAAGCGUGCCUUGAUCGGUGACGACGAGCACUGCUGGAGCGACACUGGUGUUUUCAACAUCGAGGGUGGCUGCUACGCCAAGUGCAUCGGUCUCUCUGCCGAGAAGGAGCCAGAUAUCUACGGCGCCAUCCGCUUCGGAUCCAUUCUGGAGAACGUUGUCUUCGACCCAGUAACCCGUGUUGUUGACUACGACGACGACACCCUGACCGAGAACACCCGCUGCGCCUACCCCAUCGAGUACAUUGAGAACACCAAGAUCCCCUGCAUUUCAGAGGGUCACCCCAAGAACAUUGUUCUCCUUACCUGCGACGCCCGCGGUGUCCUUCCUCCCAUCUCCAAGCUCAGCCCCGAACAGACAAUGUACCACUUCAUCUCCGGUUACACUUCGAAGAUGGCUGGUACCGAACAGGGUAUCACCGAGCCCCAGGCUACCUUCUCUUCUUGCUUCGCUCAGCCCUUCCUCGCCCUCCACCCCAUGCGCUACGCCAAGAUGCUCGCGGAGAAGAUCCAGCAACACGGCGCCAAUGCCUGGCUCCUCAACACAGGCUGGGUCGGUGCCGGUGCUACCACAGGCGGCAAGCGCUGCCCCCUCAAGUACACCCGCGCCAUCCUCGACGCCAUCCACUCAGGCGAGCUCGCCAACGUCGAAUACGAGACCUACGAAACCUUCGGCCUCUCCGUCCCCAAGACCUGCCCCAACGUUCCCGACGAGCUCCUCAACCCCGCCAAGUCGUGGAACGGCACCGCCGACUUCAAGGGCGAAGUCGAGAAGCUCGGCAAGCUCUUCAUGGAGAACUUCAAGAAGUACGAAGACCAAGCCACCAAGGAGGUCAUCGAGAGUGGUCCACACGUAUGCUGCUGCCCCAAGCACUAG